ACAAUCGUUGGCUUCUAUGGUUUAUCAAAUCAUUACAAAGGAAGGCUUCUUCAAAAUAUAUUCAGGGUUAACUGCAUCUUUACUAAGACAAGCUACAUACUCUACCGCCAGAUUUGGUAUAUAUGAAACAUUGAAAGACUUUUAUGUUGAAAAGUCUAAUGUUUCAAAGCCAUCAACUGCUGUAUUGCUUCCAAUGUCAAUGAUAGCUGGUGCUUUGGGAGGUUUAGUAGGAAACCCUUCCGAUGUUGUCAAUAUCAGAAUGCAAAAUGACUCUAGUUUACCGACUGAGCAAAGAAGAAAUUAUAGAAACGCUUUCGAUGGUAUUUAUAGAAUUUGCAGAGAUGAGAGUGCUGGAACAUUGUUCAGGGGAUUAUUUCCAAACUUGGUUCGUGGGGUUUUGAUGACCGCAUCCCAGGUAGUUACCUAUGAUAUUGCAAAGGCCCUACUUGUUGAUUCAUUUCAUUUGGAUGCUUCAAAGAAAUCUACUCACUUCAGUGCAUCUUUGUUAGCCGGUUUGGUCGCAACAACUGUUUGCUCGCCUGCUGACGUUGUAAAGACUCGAAUUAUGAAUGCUAAGGGGUCUUCUGGAGGUGCUGUAUCAAUAUUGUUGAAUGCCGUCAAAACUGAAGGAGUAGGAUUCAUGUUCAGAGGAUGGUUACCUUCGUUCAUCAGAUUAGGACCACAUACGAUUGUUACAUUCCUUGCCUUGGAACAAUUACGGAAGUUUAAGUUGGGAAUGUAAGACUUGCUGAUGAAUAAUCUCCUUACUU